AUGAAUGAAUCAAGUUUAGAGCAAAAUUUAAAGCAAAAUUCAUCAUGUGGAUAACUAGAAUAAUUUUAAGACUAAUCAUCAAUCGUCAAUAAUCCUGUAGAAAAGAUUUUUAAGAAUAGCGAUAAAUUCGAUUUCUAUUCAAAAAUAAAGGAUUACAGUGUUAAAGCGUGGACUCCGCUUAUAAAUAAACUUUGUCUCUCUAAAUAAUUAAAGUUAAAGUUCAUAGGAAUUACAAAAGUGGAUAUAUAUUUGAAUAGUGAUGACGAAGCGAGUUAUACCUUCACAUAUAAUGCUUUUGGAUCAACACUUUGUGUUAAAGAUGAAGGAUAGAAUAUCGAAGUAGCCAAAAUAGAAAAUGAUUUAAUAUACUUAAUAAGAGAAGAUGGAAAAUAUGAGAAAAUAGGAUAAAUAUUAAAUCAAGUUUAAUGUAAAAAAAUAAAAGUAGUUGCAUGGGGCUUAAUGCCAAAUUCAGUUUUUUAAACAGGAUCUAACAAAAAUAUAAAUUUAUAAGUAUUUCCUUGCUGUUUUCCUUUCUAUAAAAUCUAUAGAUACUUUCAGAAAGAUGAAGUUAUUGUCAAAGAUAAAAAUACAGAUACAAUUUAUUCUACUUACUCAACUAAGUCUCUCAAAAAAGAAAAAUAAUCUAUUUUUACAUUCUCUGAAAAUUUAAAAUAAAACAUUGAUAAAUUACUAACCUUUUUUGUGGCAAUGCAAUAUAUUGAAAUCAUCUGGUAUAACCGAUAUUCAUAAUAUUUUCAAAAGUGA